CUGAUGGCAAUCCGACACUCGAAAACUUGCGCACACUCGACCUCAUGGGCGGCCCAGGCGAGAAGCUGGCUUCUUUGGUACACUCACUUUGCCUCCCCGCUCUGGAAAAUCUCGGUUUGCACACGCAUGAAUCUCAGCGGCUCAUGACCCUCGCUCCCCUUAGCAGCCAGCUUGCGAAGCUCUGCGCAAACCUCCCGCCUACUUUGCAAAAGUUCGACUGGGAAUAUCCCGCAGAUCGCCCCCUGUCCCCCGCAGAUGCACCUUCUGGCCUUCACUCCAUUCUCAGACCCCUCCUCAGGUUCACACUCUUGCGCCACGUCCGGUUCGGGAUACCUCGGGAGGCGGAGUCAUCGAUCUGCAUCACGGACGAGGCUCUAUCCCACUUAGCUGCGGCUUGGCCGAACAUUCAAACACUGCAGAUAAUCUCCCCUGAGUGGCAAUCCUGGCCCCGUAAUGUGGCCUAUCCGACAUUUGCAGCGCUAGUCACCUUCGCGCAGCGCUGCCCCGCGUUAUCUAGUCUCGCACUACCCGGCCUUGAUUUCUCCUCCGUGGGCCCAGACCCAGCGGUUUCCG